CUCGGCUCGGAUUUUCCUAUAAAAUCAGCACGAGUCUGUUUUUGAGUUUCAGUCCCUCCCAUACCUCUUCUCUCCUCUCAACCAUUUUAUAACUUCAUGGAACUGAGCAUCUGCCUCUACUGUGAAAAACCGUUGCCCAAUGAUACCAUGAGCUUCUGUUCCUUUGCAUGCCGAGCAUCAGAAGCGAGCAAACAUAACGCUGCCAACCAUCAUUCUUACCCAAUGAAUUUCAACCGUAGACGAUCUUUGUCCAUACUGAAUACACCACCGUCACCAGUUACCACUGCUAGCUCACGUCUUUCCAUCGGAUCGUUGAACUCCGGCUACCUAGAUCACCGUGCGUGGACCUUGUUGGAAAGUGCAUCCGAUGCCUCUAGCAUCGAAUCUUUGUAAAUAUAACAAACUGCAUCGCCUCCAAGGAACUAUCCCCCACGCUCGGGCGGCGUGCCGAGCUUCUGCUUCAACCAUAUAAAAAAAAAAAAACUCAGGAAAAC